UUCAGCCACAUGAGCCAAAACCCGGCGGAAGAAAAGCGCACAGAACCAGAACAACCCCCGAUGGGUCAUCUUCACCCGUCGCGUCAUCUGGACCCUCAAACUGGAUUGUAGCUACACGCAGGGGGCGCUUUAAAAACUGAGCUACUUUUGUCGGGGUUUUUUUUUAAGUGACUUGUCAUUUGGAGCGUUUUUCUCCUCCUCCUCCUCUCUUUGACAACAAACCAAGAAAGAAUCGCGCAGCGAUGACAGCCGUGAUUCCUUCACCAAUAAACUGCUGAGACUUCACCCUCCGUCGAUCUUGCAUCUGAUUGCUGACGCUUCUAGAAAUAUGCAAAGGAGAUACAGGAUGAAAUUGGUUUUAAUAGCAGCCUUACUUGGACUGGCCGGAGCCGUGGCCUCUCUGCGCAGCUGUCCGUCAGGCCAGAACACGACCAGCGGAGAAUGCUGCAAGCAGUGUCCACCCGGCGAGGGCGUCGUCACGCCCUGCGGUGCCAAGCAGACCGAGUGUGCGCCGUGUCUUGACAGUGAGACCUUCUCAGAAAACUUCAGCCACACAGAGAAAUGUCAGCCUUGUACAAAAUGCACAGGGCUGCUCCGCAUGAGCACGCCCUGCACCGACACCAACGACGCCAUCUGCACAUGCAACUACGGCUACUACCACAACAAAAUCAGUGAUCGGUGUGAAGCCUGCACCAAAUGUCCCGAAGGCCACGGCAUGCUGUACAGCUGCGAGUCGGAUCAUGACACGAUGUGUGAGCAGUGCGACGGCGACACUUUCUCGGACCAGGACAAUUUCAGGGACCCCUGCAUCCCCUGCACAACGUGUGACGAGGAUGAUGAGGUGCUGCAGGACUGCAGUCCUGUCAACGACACCAUUUGCCGAUCAAACUACCAAAUUUCCACACCUGAUGGUCGUUUCCCAGGGACGUUUGAGGAAUACAAUACGCCAGAAAUCCUCCCACCAGAGGCGCCUAGUCCCAACACCACCACCACCACCACCACCACCACCACCAUCAUAAAUGGAGACUCCAAAGAAAGGCUCUACCAGGGGAUUAAUGACAAACUCAUCCCCAUCUACUGCUCCAUCCUGGCAGCUGUCGUUGUGGGUCUUGUGGCCUUCAUCAUCUUUAAGAGGUGGAACAGCUGCAAGCAGAACAAGCAAGGAGCCAACAACUGCACGACCAACCUGAACCAGACUCCGUCUCCGGAGGGGGAGAAGCUCCACAGCGACAGCGGCAUUUCUGUGGACAGCCAAAGUCUGCAGGAGCAGCAGGGGCAGACUCAGUCACAAACAGUUGUGACCAUCGACGAAGAACCGUGUCUGCUCCUUCCUCUCCAUACCAGAGAGAAAGUGGAGAAGCUGCUUUUCCAGGGCAGCGAAGGGGAAAACUGCGACCACAUGCAGGACAGUGACUGGUGCAACCUGGCAGGCCUUCUCGGAUAUGAGGAAGAGCGAAUUGCGACCUUCCAGCAGGAAGAGCAUCCCGUCCGAGCGCUGCUGUCCGACUGGGCGAGGAAGGACUGUGCAAGCGUCGACGCGUUGUGCACAGCGCUCCGCAAGAUCAACCGUGACGACAUCGCGCAAAGUCUGGUGCUCAGCCCGAGCGGCACAAAGCCCACUGCUACCUCUGUGGUGUAGCGACUCUCCGUUCCUGUCCGAAACAACUUAACACCUGGACCUUAACGUUCAAAUAUUCCAAAUACAGCGUCUUAGAUUAUUCCACAUAAUUCCUGCUGCAGCUGCUUGACACUAUAUCUUUAUGAUGCAAGUCAGAGAGAUGAUCCUGGAAACCCCUUUAAUAAAUCACCCUGAAUCUAAAAUAAAUGAGCAAAACAAAGCAAAGUUAGGUUUUCCAAAUUACUUAAACUCACAGACAAUGGAAAAUUAAAGCAAUUUAAAAUUAGGAAAGGCACAUUUCAUUUUAAAUCAUGGGGACAUCAGGUUUAAAAUCCUCUGACUGAACUCGCCGUGGAGCAGUUGUCUGCUUUGAACACAAACUUUUGUGGAUAACUUCCUGUUUGCUUCUUUCAGCUCCUUUAUGUCUCUUUAUCUUCAUAUGUUUGUAUUUUCUGUGGGCCUUCCACUUAUUACAUUGUGUCUUUCUUUUCAUGUUACCAAAGAAGCUGAAGUGUUUUUCAGACCCAACCUGUUCUGUCACAUUAUUUACUUACACGCCCUGUCAGACUUUUUGAAUUUAACGUGACGCGUGGCUUGCGUCUGUAACUACUGUGCCUGUUUCUUCUACUCGAUGAAGAAGUAUCUGGAUCCACAACCUGAGGAGGUUCUAAUGGACUCAUUUCAACUGAACCUGCUUUCUCGCUCCCUUAUUAUUAUUCGUAUUAGAUAAAAGUGCAAAGCAGCAGUGCAUGAGGAUGUUAUCUCCACGUCACUCCAUCUGUUUCUGCUGACUUGUUUUGUUAAGUCUCCCUGAGGCGCUGUAAAAAGUGCAACCUGUUGGUACGUAGGCCUCGGCUUGCUUUUAACCGCUCAAACAUCAUUCCAGCAUCACAGUUUCUCAUCCUUACCCUGAAGAUGGUAGAAACUCUGUAAAAAUCCUAUGUACUAUAUUUACAUGACAAACAAGUAGAUACAAAUGUAGAUGUAGUUGACGUACAUACACACCUACAGUCUGUAGCCCUGCAUGCAUGAACUGUGCUCAGCAAACACACAUUUGCAUUCAAAGUUAAUGUUGAUAAAACAAGAAAAACAUUAUAUUCUGCCACAUAUAUGGCAUGGCGCACUCAAACGAGGGACCACAUACUGUUUAUUGUUCAUAUUUGUGGAAAUUUGUUCAAUGAUCUCUAAAGUCUAGUUGCUUUUGUUGCUGACUAACUUAUCGCUCUGUUUUUUACGAACACAUAGCUGACUCAAGACAUACAGCUGCAGUCUGCAAUGUAUUUACAACUUCCUCUGGCUUGACAUUUUGCUCUACACCUAGCAUUUUCGUGCGUCUGGUUUACAUUCAAAGUCUAUGUUGAGGCGCAUCGAGGGCACAUCAAAUUCGCUCUAGCCGUUGUUUUCUGCUGCUGGCCUAUUUGUUGGAAGCGAUGGACGCUCUUGACGUGUCAAACGGUUCCAAUGGGACCACAACGCACGUAGACUUUGAAUGUAAACCAGACCCGCCUGAUGCUCCAAACACGUUUGGUGUGAACGCACCAUGACUUUAGCAUUUUGAUAUGAUCCGUUUAUAAUCCAGUACUCACUUAAGAGGUGCAGCAGCCAAGACAGUCUCUCUUUUCACUUGUUUUAAACCAUUAGAAACACUUCUCCCUCCGCAAAAUAAACCCAAAAAAUCUAGAAUCCAGAGUAAAAUUCUCAGGGACGUUAACUCAAAUCUCAAACGCUCGACAACUGACUAAACACGGUCCGACAUGACAAAAGAUGCCAUUAUUCUCGCGACUGACAAUCCUUAAAGCUGAUUAAUGAGAUGCAGAAACUGGUCAGCAGAAAAGGAAGGGAAAAAAGAAGAGGAGAGUUUCACUUCUUCUUUGUUUGGAACAAUGAACGGCGGAUAAAAGGCAGGCCAGCUGAGACAAAAGUCACAGGAUGCAUGAGAGAAACGAAGACGUCUCAGAUUACUUCAAUCAAUGCAAAGGAGAAACCCAGGCCUAUACGUUAAACAACCUGUUCAGAUGUAAGCAUGUUGAUUUUUGUGGUUUGAAUUUAAGAAUAUACUUUUUUCAUCUUGUUAUAUCUUAUUUUUUUUACAAUCACGUUACAUUUUUUGUUCACCAGAAGACGCAAACGUAGAGCUAACUCACCCGACUCGAAGCACAUAUUACUAUUAUUCCCUUGUACACUGAGCAUAUUGCUGUUGUAUUACUUUAUAUGAAGGUAUUCUUACUACUACUAGUACUAGCAAUUUUUAAACGGUAUUACAUUUCUGUUUUUGAUUGUAGCACUUAAAUGUGUAAUCAUUUAUGUUUUAUGCAUCACAAGUGCCUGGGAACUAUUUCAGGUGUAUGUUGGUGUUGUACAUUUAUUGUUUAAGGAGUUUGUAAGUGUAAUUCUAGGUUAUUUUACUUGUAAAUAAUUUGUCUUUUAUCUUUUAUUUGUAGUUUUGUUGAAGCAGCGCUGCAUAGUGUAAAUGUAAACAGGGCUUACUUUCUUAUUGUCAGUGCUGUCCUUGUUUUUCUCAGUAAAUAGCAAAAGGAAAUCGACUUCAUUUAUAAUUACUGGCCAUCAGGUAUCUUAAAAUUAAGAAGACAGAAAUCAAAGUUAACGCCUUACACCUGUGGUUUACCAUAUUUUAUGCAUAAACACACAGAGGAGAAAUUUCAUAACCAAAGCGCAACAAUUUCUAAUAAAAAGCCUAAUGAAGCUAAAUGAGGCGUUUCUGUACUAUCCUAUUAGUGCCAUAUAGUAAAUUUUGCUUAAUUGUGAAUAAGUUAUGAGAGGAGAUGCAUGCACCACUUUUAAACUCCUGAAAAUCUGCAAUUAUAAGUUUGUUAAUGCAACUGCAGGGAGGCAUGGAUGUGAACUAUUUAUGCUAAUUUUACUACUUUAUUCAAUUUCCAAAUUGAAAAAGUAAGCCUUGUUUUCCCCUAAAAUAAAAAAGUAUUUUAUCAUUUAUGUCCAGAUGUGGUCGACUGCAAAGGUUUUCAGUUCUGGUGGUUGUGUUGUACUGUUCACACAUGUGCACUAUUACAAGCUGUAGCAUAAAAAAAUCGUCAUAUCACAAAUUACAAAUAAAUUACAAAACAUUCCCAGACCAGGGUAUUUGAAACAUUUGCACCAGCAAAAGCAAAAUCCAGUUGAGCUACAAUAAAAAAUACAUCAUUCUGCCAAGAGAAAUUUCAGUUAUUGAUACUUAUAAUAUCUAAGGGAUUUCUCAUCCUCCUACUGAUUGUCUGUUUGUUCUACAUCUAUCUUGGUUUAUCUAAAUUAUGUCAAACAACAUAAAUGACUUUUUUUCUUGCUUUUUCUGCCUAAGACGCUGGCCUACCUGUACAGUUGAAGGUGAAUGUGACGAUAUUGCACUUGAGACACAAGUUACAACCUAAUUAUGCAAAAAGGGACUGAUAAAUAUAGGUUGGAGUGAGAGAGUAAGGGUGAAAAACUGUUUUGGGUAAAAAACAAACAAACCCUGAUGGUAAACAGUGAUGAGAAUGACAGUAAACCGGGACUGAAUUGUACAGAAACAGUGAAUGUUCCAUGUAUACUCACACAUAUAAUGUCCUAUACUGAAUGUGAAUUUGCUUUAAGUUCUACAAUAGACAAGCAGUAAAUAAAGCUCUUUAAUUCA